AUGGAGCUCGCUGCUCUGUCGUCAGUAGAGGGUGGAAACAUUGAGCUUUUGCAGUUCGCCUGGCCGCCUGAGGGCCAGGGGGUCGACUCUUUCUCAUGCCACGCUUAUGUCGUGAUGAAGAGGAGGGAUGGGUUCCUACUUUGCAUACCCGAUGGUUUCAUGCCCCAGGAGGACCUCGAGCAGGGCCAGCAGGCUACAGAGCACGAAGGCAUUGGGCCAUCACUGUUAGUGAGUGCGCCUCCCAUUUGUCUCUCCGAAACAGGCGAUUGGGUGUCUCCAACAAACAGCGAGACCGUUCUGGCUGUCGUGCUGGAUCUCUCGGCAAGUAUGGCCGAGCAGCUUGGCAGGCCCGAUAUCCAAACGGAGCAUAUGUUUCCUUUCAGGGACGGGGAGCCGAAUGUCUUCCCACUCGCAUCCGAGGUCCUGAGGCUGUCGAAGGAAUGGCUGGCCGAAGAGGGCGCCCUGCCCGCAGAGAGGUCGGGCUACACCACUGCGAUCUCAGGUGGAGAGCCCCCGCUCGUGACACAGAGGUCAAAGGCUCCCAAACCAAAGCGCCCGACUGUGCAGCAGCUGGCAAGCCAGCAAGAAGCCAUCCUAAGGUUGAUGACCACUCUGGCCGACCGCAUGGACACCAUGGAGGCAGGCCACCAACGGCCCCCCGUGCAGCGCAUGCCAGCCCAGGUGGAACCAGGUGCCCCGUUGCUUGCAGCCCUUCGCCAGCCUUUGUCGUCCCAGUUGCCCCCCUGUCAGGCCAGACCGAAAAGCUUGGCAGCAGCGUUAGGACCGCCUCCUCCCGUGCGUGCGCAAGCUCGAGCCAGCCCCGUUCAAACCGACUUGGACGCCGAAGCGGCGAAGUGCAUUGGAGAUGGAGAGCUGCCAGGAGAGCCGCCAGACACACUAGCUACAGCCGUGCUGGCUCAAUCCCAAGCUUUGGUUGCGCUCGUGGGGCAGCUUCAGGGAGCGUCCGAUCCUCUCUUGGAAGGCCCGCCGGGCCUGACUGCGUCAGUCAGAGGAGCCGCAGGAAGAGCGAAACUUCAGCAAGAGCUUGCGGCUCGCACGGGGCAAUUCGCGGCAAAGGUGCGGGAGAACUUGCGCCGAAAGAUGGAUCCCACGGGCUUGUUGGCUCCAGACCAGGUUUCCUUCAUGCGUUUCCUCGAGCGCCAUGGUGGAUUCGCUGGACAGAUGUCGUUGGGUUUGGUGGCCUGGCAAAUCGCCCAGGCCCAAAACUUGCUGGAGGCCAACAAUGUCGAUGGAGCACGCGACACGUUGAGUCUGCUCUUUCUCAUGUUGGACCAGUCCUCUUUGGACAAAGGGGACACUACCCUGGGGUGGCUCCUCACGUUACAGGGGGAACCGCCGCCAGGUCUUUUCCAGACCCCUACGAACCUGCCCGGGUCGAGCCUUCAGAGCUUCUCUGCAUUAGCGGAACAGCGAUGGGUGACCAUCGCCUUGGCGUACAUGAAAGAGCUGGAGACAAUCCAGUCGCGAAGAGCAUCAGUUCCUUCCAGCAUCCCUGCCCCGCGGGUUCCAAAGCCGCCUCAUUCACCAACAGCGCCAGAGAGCGGAGAGGCCGCCUUGUCCCGAAAGCAACAGCGAGCUGCGCAGUGGGCUGCGAAAAAGGGAAGGGCAUCUUCCCCGGGCAGCAAGCCCAUUUCACCUCCUCUUUCUUCAGUUCACACCCAGCCGGCCGUCCCCCUGCCGGACCUCGGUGACGAAUUCACCUUUUGUUCGUGGGUAAGCUCCUUGCCCCGCCUCCUCCGUGGAGGCCGCACAUCUUUUGCACAUUUCAUUUUGAGCACUCUUACCCUUGCGCGGGACACCACUUUGGAACCCGCAACCGCUCUCUUUCCGCUGCCCCUGCCGUUCCCAGGAUUGUUUCAGCAGCGUGCCCGGAAGAUGUCCAAGGAUGAGUUCCGCAGGCUCUGCGUGCGUCGUUGUACCCAUUUCGUGAUCAUGAGUCUUAAUUUUCUGCACGCGGGUUGCAAGCAUGUUCCCUUGGAUGCCUUGAGGAGGCCACCUAGCCCCGUCCAAGCGCAAGCUUAUGGGAGGAUAGGUGCGCUGGUUCGAGCGUGUAGCCGGCAGGCCGAAACCAUCUCGGCCUUCGCUGGCCGCCGAGGCUCGCGCACAGCAGCCCGGCUUGAAGAGGCCGUCGCCUAUCUUCGAAAUGCAGGCUUCGGUCCCGGCUCUUAUGCCACGGAUGCCGCCCAGGCCGCGGUCCUGCGGUCUUUCCCUGGAACCGAUGCCCCAACCCCCACCUUCGACCAGGAGGACAAGGGUGAAUUGGUAAAGGAGGCUUUCCUGCGAGGUCCCUCAAGGUUCUUGCCGACGGGGCCCCAGUUGUGCAUGGUGCAUGUCCCUGCAUUCCACUCCUGCUUGGUUGGGUCUGUGACGGACCGUAAGGACUUUUAUUCGCAGGCCCGUGUCACUGCAGAGCGGGGUCUCAGCAACGCAAUCGGCCCUGCUGUUCACCUCAGCGAUCUUGCAGGUACCGCAGCUUACGAUGCAUUUCUCCUGAAAGAAGCCUCGCAGAAAAGACGCAAACGGAGGCUCAAAGGUGAUGGUCUCGAAGGAGACAGUCCAAGGUCCAUCCUUGUGGGGCCCCCUUCUUCCGUUCAUGGCACCUUCCUUGCUCUCCUGCAAGGUGAUGCCGGAGGGGUCGAGUAUGCAACAGCAGGUCACGAGGGGCUCCUCCAGACCUUUGGGCUUCUCGACUCUGAGUGGGGCCGCUCCGGCCUUUCUGCUUCAGAGGCAAAGCUUCGAGUCGCAAAGGCGGCCUAUGCGUCCGAACAGCUACCAGGCGCGGACGACAAAGACAUCUGGGGCAAGAGACAUUUCAAAGUCGCGGGGGCCGAGAUUGAUUCCAGCGUUGAGUGUGUUCGAGACGGCCUUACUACCAUCGGCUGCCCGGCCAAGAAGAGGCUCAGCCUUGCUGCCCUGUCUAUCCGAGCCGCCUGCUGGCCUCUUCUCUCGUCUGAGCUUUGUUCUAUGUUGGCCGGGUCCUGGGUCUCUUGCUUGCUGUAUCGGCGCUGUCUAAUGUCUUGCCUGGACGGCCUCUUUGCUCUUGGCAAGUCCAUGCCGGACGCCCCUGCGGGUAGUGCAGCUGUGCUCCUUCCUAGAAAAGUGGCAGGGGAGCUCCAGCUGUUAGCUCUUUUGGCGCCUGUCAUGUGCACGAAUGCCUCAGCCAGCCCGGCGGAUUUCAUCUGCAGCACCGACGCCUCAACAGCUAAAGGAGCCUACUGCAGGAAAGCUGUCGAUCCCGAGGCUUCUUUGCAUUGCUGGUUGGCUUCCGACCUAAAAGGCAGGCACAUAAGGCUUACUCACCCAGGCGCGACCUCCGAGGUAGUCCAUGAGGCCCUAGACUUUGCUGCUUCCAGCAAUUCCUUGUGUCAGCCAGAAUCACAGCGGAUAAAGAAGCCGUUGGCCUGCACCUACGACUUCCUCCAAAUCUGCGGCUCAGGCAGCGUCACACAGCACAUCCGCUCAAGGGGCCUCUGCUCCGGCCCUGUCAUUGACCUGUCCAGGUCAAAGCAAUACGAUCUGAGCCAGAUUCAUGUGGUCGAAUGGGUUUGUUUCCUGCUCCAGGAUGGGAGGCUCAAGUCGGUCUUGCUGGAACCUCCUUGCGCCACUUUCAGGAAAGAACUUGCUCUUCUUGGAAACCUGAUAGAUAUCAGCUUCAUACGAAGAAAGUGCCCCGGACAGCACCAGCACGUUCGUAUCCAGGGUGGACUAGAAAAAGCCACAGCCGUGCCCCAAGACAAAUUUGCCGCUGCUGUCGCAAAGACUUUCGCCAAGGCCAUCUUCAGCAGACCCACGCCCGCAGAGGCUCCCAAGACAGGUCUUGAAAAUGUCGCCAUUAACGACUUGCUUGUUGGUGGUUCAUGGUUCCUAGGAAGGUCCUGGGUUUGGCGCCGCUCCGCCCACAUAAACGUGCUUGAAACCCAGGCCGCCCUCGAGGCCAUAAAGGAUGCCGUCGUCCAAGACGGUGGAGACCUAAAACUGAACCUCCUGCUGGAUUCUGCAGUCGCGCGAGGCGCUUUGGCAAAAGGUCGGAGCUCAUCCCACCUUCUGAGGCCCGUCUUGUGUCGAGCUGCGGCUUGGCAAGUAGCGGGCGGCAUUUACGCGGGUUACCAUCACGCGCCUACGCGUUUGAACACUGCAGACGAUCCCACGAGGGACAGGACCGUCCGUGAGGCCGCCGGCCUUUCCCUUGUUGCAGUUGCUUCAGACAUGUUUCUCCCCAGCCUUCUUGAGCUUGCAAAGCUGAGCGCUCCUGUUGGGGCCUGGUUCCGUCUUGCUUUGCUCCUCAGCUUUAAGGAAGGCCCCCGGCCGCCGCGCCGCGAGUUUGACAGCUCGCUCGGUUACCCUGGUGAGGGCCCCUUGAGCCCCAGAAACCAGCAGGACAGGCAGAGGCAAGGCAGCCGCGCUGGAAGGUCCCUUCCCGAGGGUCGGCCGGUUCUGCUCAGGACUUCCAAUAAUAGGGAUAAGCUGCUCCAUGGUUUUGAUGCAUGGCUUCGAGUCAUCGGAUCAUCUCUGCAGUUCCUGCUAACCACUGAAGCUUCUCCUGCCGAGACAAUCGUGGGAUACCUUUGUCGAUAUGGCCGUGAGCUUUUUGAUGCAGGAAGACCGUACUGGCAUUAUGCUGAGACUAUAAACGCCAUUGCAGCAAAAAGGCCGAGUUUGAGGCGUCAGCUUCAGGGUGCCUGGGACCUCGCUUUUCAGUGGAUGUCUUUGGAGCCGCACACUCACCAUGUCGCGAUGCCGGCUGUAAUCUUGCUUUCGAUGCUCUCGCUGAGUUUGCUUUGGGGUUGGAGGCUCGAAGCUGGCAUUUUUGCCUUGGCGUGGGGCGGCUUGCUUCGGAUAGGUGAGGCAACGGGAUCACUGCGCGCCUCUCUAGUCCUACCUCGCGACGUCCUCUUUGCCAACCCCUACGUUUUGUUGAGGAUCGUUGAGCCAAAGACGCGCUUUCGAGCAGCUCGACAUCAGGCUGCAAAGGUCGACCAGGAGGAUUUGGUGAAAUGCAUUGACAUGGCCUUUGCAUCACUUCCAGCAUCUUCACGUUUAUGGCCAAUGUCGUCGCAAACUUUAAGGCGCAGAUUCGAUUCAAUCCUUGACAGGCUGGGCGUACCGACGGCAAGGAAUCACGCAAGGCCUUUGGACCUUGGAUCGUUUAGGCCCGGCGGAGCUACGCACCAGCUCCAGGUCUCGGAGGAUGCUGAGCUGGUGAGAAGGCGUGGGAGAUGGAUGUCCCACAGGGUCAUGGAGGUUUACCUCCAGGAAGUGAUGUCGUCAGUAUUUUAUCCAAGUCUUCCAAUCCACGUCAGGGAGAAUGUCAUGGAGGCAGCAGUGUCUUUUCCAGCUAUCUUGGAACAAUCCGUACAGUGGACCCGGCAAAAGAUCCCCACCGAAGUAUGGUAUUCCCUUUGGUGCUGUUAA